CGAUUGAGCGUCAUCUUCCUAUACUACCGACUGUUUUCGGUGAAGAGAUGGCUUAGUUAUACACUCAUCUGCAUCGGAUCAUUGUCUGUAGGAUGGCUACUGUCCAUGUUUUUUGGCACCAUCUUCGUCUGCACCCCUGUGAAGGCAGCUUUCGAUAUAACUGUGAGAGGGAAAUGCCUGAAUGCGGAGGUGGUUUACCUAUGGACGAACUCGAUCGAUUUGGUCUUUGACGCUAUACUAUUAUGUCUACCAAUCUCAGUAAUCUUGAAACUGUCAUUGCCGACAGAGGAGAAGGUUGGUGUCGCUGUAAUUUUCCUGACUGGU